GUCGACACAUACAUACAUAUAUGACUCAAAGCAAUUCAACAUAGAACCCUCCUAGUAAUGCUAACUGCAAAUUCACGAAGCAAUCCAAGCACAUUCUUACUGAUUACAAGCUAUAAGCCAGAUGAGGAGGAGAAGUAGCAGCUCACAUCAACGGCCCAUUGCCUUUCUUCCUCUCUUGCUUGUGUAUUUUGCUUUGGCUUCUUCUUCAUUCCCUGUCUGCAAUGGAAGUAGAUCGCCGGGGUUAGUGGAAGGCAAGGAGAAGAAACUGAGAGCCACCGGGCGGUUCAACAUUGCUUCCCUGAUCCUCCAGAGAGAAACGCUGGGAGAUGGAGCAUCCAACACGCAGCCGUACGUCAGCUCCCCUUUCUCACUGCCGCCGUACGAUUCAUUGUCUCCUCAGAAUGCUCCCCCUUACUGCAACGAACCUCCACAAGGAGGCCUGGCUCAGCCCCCGCCCCCGCCAUCGUCAGGCACCGAUACCGGCGUUCCCACACCUUCCGCUCCCACCUUCCUCCUCCCACCACCGACCGAUUCCGGCACCGGCAUCCCCACCCCAGCCGCUCCCGCCUUCCUCCUCCCGCCGCCAGCUCCCCCUGGUCCGUCCUACUACUUCCCCCCGGGCCCACUUGUCCCGAUUCUUCCUGGCCCAUCUACUCCAGGAAUAAUCAUUCCAGGCCCACCUGUGAACAUACCCAGCCCACCUACUUACACCAUUCCUGGCCCAUAUCCGCCUGAGGCCCAAAUACCCCCUGCCCCUCCUGCAUUUGAUGUACCGAGCCCGCCCGUGGCUUUCAUGCCUCCGGUGGUUUUCCCGCCGCCGACUGGUCCGCCGUCUCCAAGGACGGGGCCUCCGGCAGCAUUGUGGUGCAUGGCGAAGCCUUCGGUGCCGGAUCCGAUCAUGCAGGAGGCGAUGAACUACGCAUGCGGGUCCGGUGCCGACUGUGAUUCGAUACAGCCUGGCGGGCCGUGCUUUCAGCCGGACACAGUGUUUGCCCACGCUUCCUACGCUUUCAACAGCUACUGGCAGCGAACCAAGUCCGCUGGCGGUUCUUGCUCUUUCGGCGGCACUGCCAUCCUCGUCACGGUAGAUCCUAGUGCUACAAAGGUUGCCAAUUUGUUUACAACUGACGCGUGGAUAGCUAUUUAAGGCUGGUGGUGAUGAAUUAGUCCUGGGAAUAUAAGACAUAUAGAAAAGUGAAUUUUACACAAAUUAUUACGAGAAUAAAGGAGGCAAAGAGAGGGAUUAUUAUUAGUGGGUCAAUACUCUAAUUGUUAGAUUCAGACAUUCAGUGGUAAAUCACAUUUUAUAGGCUGGGUUUUAAUCAUCCCAUGUGUGAUUCAUGAUUUUGUAAACAGUUGAAACUUGAA